AUGGGAAGACUUCAACCUUCAGUCGGCCAGCCGCCGGCGAGCUUCCGGAAAGCCGCCCGGGCUAAGAAGGCCAAGGUCACGCUUAACCAGCUCAUUCCAUCGCUCCUCCCUACACAUCCCCGCGCUCGCAAGGGAAUCGACACUGCAGAACUCAUUGUUGAGCCAAAGCCAGCGAAGAAGCAGCUGGACACCUCAAAAGAUGGUUCAGCCAGGCCACUUGAAGCAGACUCCCCACCAAGUGUUGUCCUUCGCGUGGCGGAUACUCUCACGGCAGCUCACUCCCUCAUAUCUGACCGACCAGGUGAGGGCCGGGUCGCCAUUCUCAACAUGGCUUCACCGCUUACGCCUGGAGGCGGGUUCAUCAAUGGAGCGGGGAGCCAGGAGGAGUCACUCUGCAUGAGAUGUACUUUGCUUCCUUCUCUCAAGGAUGAAUGGUACAGGCUGCCAGAGCUUGGUGCAAUCUAUACUCCCGAUGUCUUGGUCUUCCGGGGAGAGGACUCCGACGAAGUGCUAGAGAAGAAGGAACGCUGGUUCGUCGACUGCAUUAGUGCGGCGAUGCUGCGGAACCCAGAGACAUACCGAGACGAGGCAACGGGAUUCAGUAGCUACGUCAACUACACGGAUCGCCAGCUCGUCCUCGAAAAGAUGAAGAUGGUUCUGCGCAUUUGUCAAGCCAGGGGUGUGAAGAAGGUAGUUCUCGGGGCAUGGGGUUGUGGCGCUUUUGGUAAUCCGGUCGGGGAGGUUGCUUCGGCUUGGAAGAAGGUGCUCCUCCCUCGAAACGACAAUAAGGGAAAGAAGAAGGGCAACAAGGAAACUUGGAAUGAUAUUGACAAAGUUGUCUUUGCCAUCAAAGACGCCGGUAUGGCUGAUGCGUUCGAGGCGGCGUUUGGCAAGGGGUUGACGCGGGAAGAAGCCGACGAAUCAGGGGAUGAGGAUGAGAGUGAAGUCGACCCCGAGGAGGCGAAUAGGGCUGAGCUUCAAGAGCGUAUACGUGAAUUGGAAGAACGCAUCGAAAAGACCGUGAAAGCGCAACUCAAGGAAGGUUUAAGGGGGAUACUUGCGGGGCUGGAGAGCCAAUUGCCUUCAAAGGAGAGAGGGAACGCCGCCGACGAGGUCUCCGAAGAGAAGUCCGAAGAGGAGUCCGAAGAGGAAGAAUAUUAG